UCUGCAAACGAUGGCAACGAAGAUCAGGGCCUCCUCUCCAGGCUCUCCUUGUCUCUUCUCUUCUUCUUUGACUACCAAUCAACUGAUUGAUGUUCUUAAUUUGUUGAAGAGAUUUGGCUUCCCUCAGAAAAGAUGGCAUGAGCUGGGACUGAAUCUAGGACUACACAAGAACACAUUGGACGCCAUAGAAGUGACUCUUCGAGGUGAUGUAUCUCGCUGCUUGACAGAGUGUCUCUCUCAGUGGUUGUCCAAAGCUGAUGAUGUAGACAAUAAAGGAGGAGCUACCUUUGACUCACUGUCAGAUGCUCUUAAAUCUAUGAAUGAGAAUGUUCCAGCUGACAAGUUUGAUCAAGAGAAAUGUAAUAUAUUACUGGCUAUUGAAAUCUUGAACACUCAUCAUCCACUGCUCUCCAAGUCUCUUUCUGACCCUUUCGGUGUAGCUAAGUUACUUCAAAAAGAGGGUGUUAUAACAGGACAAGUAUUGGCUAGUGUGGAAUCAGCUAGUCCCUCUGUUCCUAAUCAACGUGAAGUCCUGUUAUCUGCCAUUAUAGUAGCUAUUCAAAGCAAGUACAGUUUAUUACAAACAUUUGCUAGUGUGUUGUGCAAGUUUACCAGCAAUAUAAAACUAGGAGCAAUUAUACAAAAAGAAUAUGAUGAGCAUUUUCCUUCUAACAAUGAAUUUGUUUAUGUUAAAAGUGAAGAAGAAGAUACAUCAAGCACUAGAACAAUCACACCAUCAUCAUCACCCACAAGUACACCAACAGUUGAAAUUCCUGUUCGAAAAAGUAACUCACGACGAUUCACUUCAAUAAGAGCCUCUCUUGCUAGAAUGUUAUUUAAAGUGUCAAAAGCUAUCACACAGAAGUCUCCGCCUCUUAUUGACCUAAAGUCUCUCAUAUGCCUCUUUAAUUCCGAUCUAAAAGCAAAGCUAGAUAAUUGUUGUGAUAUAUCCAGUGUAGUGUAUGUGAUUGAAGGAGAGUGCUCAUUGACUGAUAUUGAACUGCUAGAAACUGUAGUUGAAGAAUUUGAAGUCACCGAAGCAGAAAGAUACAUUGAACAAUACAAGACAACGUUGGAAGAGUUCUGUCAUUCAAUGUCACUUGAUCUUUGCUUAAAGGAGAAAUUUGAUGCUGUUGAUACAAGCCCUUCUCUUAAAUGUGAAAUGGCAACUUACGUUUUUGACUGGAGACCUGAUGAGAAGAAAUUAAAAGAUAUUAUCGAUAUUCUUUCCAAGACGUCUGGUAAAUUUGUGAAAAUAAAGUAUAUUGAUACUGGAUACUCCAUUGUGGUCACCUGCUCCUUUCCUUACUCUUUCACUGGAGCUCUCAUUAUAAAGUUAAGUGAGAAUCUUGAAUUAUUAAUAAAAAAUGGUCUAACAAAGCUUACUGUUGGAUUCUGUUCAAUAUGGAGCAAGCAAAAAAUAGAAGAACCACUUGAAGAAGUGGUAAAGAAUACAAACAAACAAUCUAGUGAUACAAACAGAGAGAAUGUAACUGCACAACAACUAAUAAACAUACUAUGUGAAAAAGAAAAGGAGGAAGAAACAGAAGCAACACCUCAUCAAAAUAUAUUAUCAAUUGAUACAAGUAUGACAAUAAUUAAAACACAGUUAAUGAAAGAAACAAAAACAAAGAAACAAUUAGAAGACACACUAACAAAAAUGAGAUUGAUUUUUAUAAAGACACUUGGUGACUCUUUAUUGUUUGAUUAA